AUGUCAUGGAAGCCUUUAGAUAUACCAGCCAAAAUAUUUGAUUAUGAGGUUGGUUUCUCCUCAACAGCAGGAAGUGCAGCCCCUGAUAUCAUGGCGUUUGAGUCAACAAAACAACAUGCUCAUAUGAGGAUAACCCAUGCAAAUGUACCUGAUGCCAUGGAAAUCUACAUCAUUAUAAAAACUAUCAGUAAAUCUAACGUAGAAGGACUGACAACACUGGGACCAUGUUUUAUGGAUACAACUCCACCAGAUUUUACUGGUUCUAUAACUGUAUCCCUGUCUGGAGAAUAUCUGGAAGCCUCCUGGGCAUUAAAUGCCUUCUCAGAUAGUGAAGAAUUGUUUGAUAUGGAUUACCAGUUUGCUAUAGGUCAGACACCAUAUGGAACAGAGAUACAAAACUUUAAACCUGUAGAGGGAAGUACAACCUGUGUAUUGACCUCAUCCCCAACUUGUACAGCUGUCAAUAUAACAGAAUGGAAUAUUCAUGGACACCAUACAUAUUAUAUAUCCAUUAAAGUGACCAAUACAGCUGGACUGGUCAACAUUCAGACAUCUACUCCAUACAUUCAUGACGUCCAGUUACCUGCUGAAGGACUUGUCCUAGAUAUUGACACUGAGUCUUUCUCAACAGACAUUCCUUUGAUGGACAAAGAAGAUACAGAUUUCCAAAAAGUCUCCAGUAGUAUGGCUGCUCGCUGGUCAGGAUUUGCUCAUCCACAUUUAGAUGUAACCUACAGUAUAAGUAUUGGUACUACAAUGGGAGGUAGUGAUGUUGUAUCUCUGAAGGAUGUGGGUACCAGUCUAGCUCACCAGGAAACUGGACUUGCUUUGACACCUUAUCAGACAUAUUAUUUCACUGUGACAACUGACAACAGAAUAAACUGUGAAAAUGAACCAGAUGUCCAGUUAUCACUGAAUUCACUGAAGGCGUACUGGGCAGUACCAGACAAUAUAAAACCUUAUACGACAGAUGCCUUUAUUGCUGUGGAACAAAGAUCACCGGUUGGAAACGUAUGGACUAUCUUUCGUGAGUAUGCACAUGUAUCAACUGUUUUUGACAUCAGCAUAAACGAUUUGGUACUCAGUCCAGGUAUAAAGUAUCGUUUAUCACUGAAACUUUGUGCCAGGACAUUCUGUUUCUCUCCAGUCAGUACAGAUGGUGUCAUGGUAAUGGCUAUUCCUCCGGUCACAGGGGACAUAGAUGUGGAACAUCAAAACACCACAAUAACUGGUGGGGCGAAGAAGUUGAUGAUAUCAAUUGACAAGUUUUAUGAACCUGACAUUGAAGACACAACAGAGAAAUAUAGUGCUGUCUGGAAAUAUGAAUAUGCAGUGACGGAUAACUCUGUAAAAGGGAAGACAUAUUUUGCAUGGACCAACUUAGAUACAUUUACAACAAAUGGAAAUAGGAUCAACUUUGAAAUGGUACUAACAGGAGAGAUGGACUUCUCUCGCUGUAAGAGGUUUUCUAUCAGAGGAUACGAUCAAGUUAGACUGACCUCCACUGUAUCCACCGAAAUCAAAGAUUGUAAAGCAUUUAAUCCAAUCCUUAUUAACCCAAAUAUUGUGAUAGAUGCUGUAGGAGCUGCCAGUGCAACAGAGGGAAUAGGCAUGCCAAUUUUUUUGGAAGAGAAUGAUAGAUGGAAACCAGCUGACGAGGAUUAUACACCAUACAAGAAUCUUAUUUCAGCCGUGUGGCCAACACUGCGUCACGGAGAAAAUGUCAAUUAUAAGUAUGCCAUUAUAGAUGCCAAAAAUGUUGAUGUUACAACGUACUAUAAACAAGUUGGUCAGCUGAGCUUGGUAGAUCAAUGUAUUCCAGAUGCUAUCAGAUGUGGAGAAACUCAUAGAGAAUUUAUGAAUGAGGAGUUCACACACAAUGAACUGGUCCAUGGUACAAGAUACACAGUGUGCAUAUAUGCUGCUCCGACUGCUAUAGUGAAUGAAGAUUGGAUACUACAAUUACCAGCUGUCAGUGCAUGUAGUGAUGGAAUUAUCGUAGAUCUUACUCCUCCUACCGCUGGAAGGUUGUGGAUUGGUCAUAAUAUAAAUACAAUCUAUCAGACAUCUGAUUCAGACAUGUAUGUAAACUGGGACAAUUUCCAAGAUGUGGAAGAAUUUAACAAUGGACCACACCCAUCUGGAAUUAAAGAAUACAUACUAGGAAUUGGUAUGUCUACUGGUGGUAAUGAUGUUGUUGCAUUUGAGAAUGUUGGAGUGCUACAACAUAAAGCCUUACAUCAACUGAAUUUGCAGAACGGUUACAAGUAUUAUGCUACUCUAAAAGCUGUUGAUUUUGCUAACAGAGAAACAGAAGUUGUUUCAGAGCAAGUCAUUAUAGAUACAACCCCACCAGUUACCAGUAAUAAACCGAUAGUUAUAACCAACAGGCAUAUAACAUCCACAACAGAAAUAGAUCCUUGUUGGAAGGAUGUGUUCCUCGACUUGGAGUCUGGUAUAGAUUAUUACCUGUGGUCAGUUGGAUCAGAGCCAGGAUAUACAGAUAUGAUGUCUUACCUGAAGGUUGUUGAUGAGGAAUGUGGAAUGACAGAUAAAAAUAGUCCUCUAGAUCUAAAAGAUGGCCAUUACUACUAUAUUAAUGUCAGGGCAUUCAACAAGGCAGGAUUAUCAUCAUUAGCCACAUCCUGGGCUUUUCAAGUGGAUACAACGCCACCUACACCUGGUCAUGUGUAUGAUGGAGAUAAAAGUCAGCUGACAGGAGGUGUCAAGGACAUUGACUACCAGACAGAGACUAAAGUGCUACAUGCCAGUUGGGAAGGUUUCCAUGAAUCUCACUCCACUAUUAAAGAUUAUUAUGUGUCUGUAGGGACCUGUCCACAAUGUGAAGAUAUAUUACAGGAACAGGCUGUUGGUAUUACAUAUGACUUUACGUUAGAGAACAUCCAUCUUGGUACAGGACUGAGAUAUUAUACCACAGUGACGGCAUGUAACACGGCAGACAUGUGUACCACUGUGACAUCAGAUGGUGUGGUUAUAGACAACAGUGCCCCUGUAGCUGGAAAAGUUCAGGAUGGAACUGGAUUCAUUGAUACAGAAUACCAGUCCAUGACGACCUAUAUCUCAGCUAAGUGGUACGGGUUUGCUGAUCCCCAGUCUGGUUUGGAGAAGUAUGUAUGGAUGGCAGGAACCACCAAAGGAGGCAGUGAUAUUAUACCAGAGACAGAACUAAAUCUGACAGAGACUGCUGCUUUCUAUAAUAUAUCUCUAGGAUUACCAUUAAACCAGAGAAUCUUUGUUACUGUUAGAGCUUACAAUAAAGUUGGUUUAUGGUCAGAAUUAACAUCCAAUGGUUUUCUGGUGGACACAUCAGCUCCUGUGAUAACUACAACACCUACUUUCUCAACUGACUUUGGAAUUAAUGGAUUGACACAGGUUUAUAGAACAUCAAUGAAGGUGGAUUGGGCCAUUGAUGAUGAUGAGUCAUAUAUAAAAAGACAGUAUCUGUCUAUCAAUUCUCAUAUUGGAGGAGAAUUUAUGCUGUCAUCACAAUCAGUCAAUGGUAUAUCAAGAUCCUAUGUAUUUUCUGGACUUGAUUUACAUGAUGGAGUGACCUAUUAUGUGACCUUAAUUUCUUGUAACAGUGCUGAGAUAUGUAUAAAUUCUACCUCUCCUGGAAUGUUUGUAGACAGUUCUCCAACUUCUAGAGGUAUGUUUGCUAUAACAACUGACCAUGCUGCUGAUCCUGAACUCCUAAGACAUGCUACAGGAUGGAUGCUCUGGUCACAGAGAGCUGUAAAUCUGGCCUGGUUAGGCUUCAGUGACCUACAUUCUGAUAUAGACCAUUAUAAAGUAGCUGUGGGGUCUACCUAUCUGGGCCAGGAUUUAAAUGCAGAUACAGAUGAGAAAUAUUAUCAUACAAAAACUAACACAGAUCAUGGUGAUGAAGGAAAAGUUCAACUGUUUAAAGUGGAAACCAAAACUUUGACCAAAUUUAAUACACUGUACAUAUCUGUAUGGGCUGUCAAUGGGGUUGGAAUGAGAAGUAAACUUAUCCACUCAGCUUUUACAAAAGUACCUGGGGGACCUCUAGAUCUUAUCAGGAGAUGUGAUGCUAUGUCAUGUGACGGCCAUUGUGUAUGUGCUCCACAGGACCAAAAAUGUCCUUUAAAUAAAAGUCUUGGUAGCUGUAAUGAUGUAUCAACAAAUAAUAACAACAAUCUUCUACUGGUUAAAGAUAGUAAUGGCUAUUCCAGUACUGAUCAAGCUGUAACCGCCUCAGAUAAUAUAUUACGUGGGAUAUGGCUCGUGUCCCAAGUACAAGGCAUGAAACCUUUAUGGUAAGUCAAGGUAGAUAACUCAAUUGUUAAGCUGU